GGAGCUGUCGCUGUCAGUUUCGCAUCAAACAAUAAAUCAGGGCGUAACGUUUAUAUUCUAUUUUAAUGAAUAAAAUAGUGUAGUUUAGUAUUGUGUAAGUCGUUAAAAUGAAUACACUCGAUAAACAAUUAGCGGAUCUACGAAUAUACGCUAACGAAUUGGAAGCAAAACUUCAAGAUGAUAUUAACGCGGCUAUGAAAAAACCUUCAAUUCCACCCAAAAAAAAUAAGCCUCCUUUGCCUCAAAUACCUCAAAGUUGUAUGGUGAAGUCUGCCUGUGAACCGUCCUAUUCAUCUAGACUAGAAUAUGGUAGCCGCACUAGUUCCACAUACUCAAACUUGGUCCCUGUGAAGAGUUGCAUCGUGCGGAAUACAGCUAAAGUACGCAGCGGUGAUGUUUUGCUAUACAGCAAUGUACUACCUCCCGGGGGCACCAACCAUGUCUACUCCAAUGUUAUGAUGCAGCGCAAUGCUUACGGUGGUGAUAGUAUUUACGGUGAUCGUGAUACGAGAUCAGAAGUGUCUAGAAUUAGCGAUUUAGGUGCACAGUCUAAUUACAGUGAGUUGCGGCGACCCGGCUCCGCAUAUCCCCCAUCUUCGGCGUCUGUUAAUGCUCAGGACUUUUCUACUUAUGGUGGAUCUCAGACAUCAUCUACUUACGAAUCUCUGUAUGAGCCCAUUAAUCCUAGACCAUGCAGUCAGCUGUCUGGCACGUCCCUGUACGGCGGCUAUGUAGGCACCACAGUGGAGCCUACUCCAGAACCUGACGAUGCACUGUAUUGUGGUAACUGCUACAAAUGUGGUGAGAAGAUUAUGGGUGAGACUACUGGCUGCACUGCCAUGGAAAGGAUCUAUCAUAUUAAAUGUUUCUGCUGUCAACAAUGUGGAAUUAACUUACAAGGUCGCCCCUUCUAUGCAGUGCAGGGGCGAGCACUGUGUGAAAGGGACUACUUGGAUACUUUAGAGAAAUGUUGUGUAUGUGGCGAUCCUAUCCUGGACCGCAUCCUGCGUGCGACAGGCAAACCUUACCACCCCCGUUGCUUCACUUGCGUGGUCUGUCAGAAGAGUCUUGAUGGAAUACCAUUUACAGUAGACGCAGUCAACCGUAUUCACUGUAUUGAGGACUUUCAUAAAAGAUAUGCGCCGCGCUGCGCGCGUUGUCGUGAGCCGAUCGUUCCGGAGAGCGGCGCAGAGGAAACCGUUCGCAUCGUAGCUCUAGAUAAAAGCUUCCAUGUUGCGUGCUACGCCUGCGAGGACUGUGGGACCUCACUGUGCUCUAGGCAGGAGGGCCGGGGCUGUUAUCCUCUCGACGAUCAUCUCUACUGCAGAGAGUGCAACGCUCGCCGCAUUCAGGAUCUCUCUAGGAAUAUUAACUAACUCGUUUACCCUGUAGCACUGUUAUCUUUGGAAAGCAAACAUUUCGUGGCUAAAUAUGGCUUGAAAUUGUGUCACUGUUAUUGAUACGAUUAGUAGAUCGCGUUUUAUAACUUUCGUGACGUUAAAAUAAUUUGUAGCAUGCUAUAGAUGUUUAUCCAUUUCGAAUGUAACUGGAGUAAAUACUUUAAUCGGUAGUUUGUUUCAAUAUUCAAAAAUGUAUAAAUAAUAAAUAUUGAAGAUUCACCUCGCGCUGUUUAGGUUGCUGUUACACCUAGAAUGUAAAAAUGCUAGCCUUCUUUUUAUUAAUUUGUAUAUAAUUUAUCGGCGAUAUUACUUAAGUGUGUAAGAAACUUAGAGUAAGUGAACAAUGUUGACUAAACAUUCCAUGAUGCAUUUAUUUGAUAUAAGGCUGUGUAGCUCUGACCAUUUAUCAUUAUUAUACAGUAUUAUAAUGUUAAUUAGCAACUAUGUGAUUGUGCUUAGAUUAUUGCGAUAUGUUUAGUAAGUUGGUGCAAGACAGACCAUUGUAUUGUACCUAACUACUUGUUAUAAUUGUGCUUUGUACACACUUGCCAAGACGACAAGCAAAAUUUUGCAAUUAUGUAUAAUUAAGCACAUUCCGUAUCAUGGCGUGCAAGUGUGUGCAACACUGUAUAAAUAGUGCCAUGUUAAUUAUGUAUAGUAUUAUUGUUAGGUUGUCCUUUAUUCGGUUAUCAAACUGAAUAACUUGUGUGCAAAGAUUUCGUGUCUUAUUUGCAGUGUACUUAAUUUGUGUUAAUUAGUUAAUGAAGAAACAAUGGCAUGUACAUAAUAAUUACAUAUUAUUUUCUCUGUAAGAGAUAGGACCACAGAUAUAUUAAAGAAGAUAUAUAUUUUUUAAUAUUUCUGUGGAUAGGACAAAUGGGAAUCUUCAUAAUUGAAAAUCUAUUAUACCAUCCAUAUAAACCAAUCCCAUCACUCCAUGCCAUUCGACUACGAGAACAUAAAUAUCCUAGAAUGCAAUUGAUUAGUGUCAAAUUUUUCCUUUAAUUUGUGAUGUAAUGAAUCUCGCUCCAAAUAAUUUCUAACAUUUCCUAGAUAAGUUUUGAUGAUACAUACCACCUAAAUAAAUAUAGUGAAUAUUUGUAAGUUUUGAUAAAAUCCAACUUUUAUACAUACAAAACAUAAGCUGUUUACGAUUUUUUUUUAUUAAUUUAAAACUCAUUGUAACCUUGUAUUUUACUGGCAUAUUCAAUAGAAUAUGCCAAAUUAAUGAGCCUAUCAAAUGUUAAAUGUUAGAAAGUAGAAUGAAUUUUACAUGUAGUUGAACUUUUUAGGCAUACUAGUCAUCAUUUACUAUUUGUAUGCUGCUAUUAGUGAAAAUAAAAUAUACACAUUAAA